AUGAACAGUGAGAAGGCCAUCUCAAUUGAGUCUAUGAUAAAUGUCUGUCCAUUGCCUGAAGCUGUCAGCAUUUUGGUUGUGGACAGCGAUUCUACGUGUCUUACAAUCAUAUCGAAAAUGCUCUAUAAAUUCGGUUAUAAAGUUUUGACUGCUAAACGAGCCACUGCUGCAUUGUCGAUUGUACGGGAGAAAGAAGAUGACCUUCACCUUGUUCUGGCAGAGGCUCAUUUGCCUGACAUGGAUAAAUAUGAGUUCCUAGAGAGAAUGGGAGAAACGUCCAACUUACCAGUUGUUCUUAUGUCGGCUGAUGAUAAUGAGAAUGGCAUGUUAGGCAGCCUGUUCAAGGGUGCUAUGUUCUAUCUUGUGAAACCAGUUACCUUGAACAAUGUUAAAAACCUAUGGCAGUUUGCAUCCAUGAAGAGUAGAGAGGAAACAGUAGCCACUGAUGGAGAAAGCAGUGUUCAGGGGGAAUCAUCUGAGGAGAAUGCAUCAUCUUAUAUAGGGAUUCAAUCAUUUGAGAACAAAAGGAAGCAGAGUCACAGAAAGGCGAAAAGAAAAGUGCUGGAAGCAAUGGAGAAAGACAAGGAGGAAGACAAUGAUGAUUCAACAGUCUUAAAGAAGCCAAAGCUAAUUUGGACAAAUGAUCUACAUAACAGAUUCCUGCAAGCUAUCAGAGUAUUAGGCAUUGACAGAGCUCAUCCAAAGAAGAUACUUCAGCAUAUGAAUGUCCAGGGACUACAAAAGGAAAAUAUUUCAAGCCAUUUACAGAAAUAUCGUCUCUCCUUGAAACGGGAACAAGAUGCAACCCAAAAGACCAUGACUAGAGAUUCUACUGGAUCAAGUAUGGCAUCAAACCAGCAAGCACCAUUCAAUUUAGAAGGACUUCUUCAAUUUUCAAAUCAGCAAUCCGCAGUGACAUCAUAUCAACCAGACUCAAGUUGUAGUGACAUAUCAAAUCCUUUGUAUGGGCAACUCAUCCCACCAAGCAAUCAGCUAGAUUCUACUUAUCCAAAUUCUGGCCAUGUUGGAAUUUGGAUCACUAGCAAUGACUUGGCAGGCUUUGGCCAGACGGGAAAUUCUAAUGGUGAAGAAAUCCUCAGAGGGUACACAGAUCCCUUCAGUGUGGAUAGUAUUGGCUUUGGAAAUGCUACACAUUGCCUGACAUUGCCGAGCGAUUCCUUGCAGCAACAAUUUCUGCAGCCACAGCUACUUCCUCCACCACCACGACCACCACAGGAGCCAGAAGAACAUGAUAUUUUUGGGGUCGAAAGAGGAGAAAUAUACGAAUUGUUUGACACUGCAAAAGACCUUACUAGUCUGUUCCAUGAUGAGGAAUUUAAUGAUCUCUGGUAA